CGCACCGCCCCUCCCCCAUCCCACAGUACACACAGGCGCCGUCCCGCAACGACACACACAGCCCACGAGGCCACGACUCUCUCCCUCCCCCUCCCCCUCUCCCUCCUCUCGCCGUGAGCGGAACACGAGGCAACGCCGCCACCUCGAGAAGCGCGUCGCCCUCUAGGGUUUUAGAGCAGCAGCGAUGGAGGGCGGUGGGGAGGGCACCACCACCGCCGCGGCGGCGGCGGCGGUGGCUGCGGGGAAGGAGGAGGAGGCGGAGGUGGUGGUGGUGAGGAACCCGAGGUGCUACCUCGACGUGAGCAUCGGCGGGGAUAUGGAGGGGCGGAUCGUGGUGGAGCUCUACGCCUCCGUGGCCCCUCGCACGGCGGAGAACUUCCGCGCGCUCUGCACCGGCGAGAAGGGCGUCAGCGCCGCCACCGGCGUGCCGCUUCACUACAAGGGUUCAUGUAUUCACCGGAUUGUCAAAGGUUUUAUGGUGCAAGGUGGGGAUAUUACCGCUGGUGAUGGAACUGGGGGAGAGUCAAUAUAUGGAUUGAAUUUUGAGGAUGAAAAUUUUGUCCUGAAGCAUGAGAGAAAAGGGAUGUUAUCAAUGGCUAAUGCUGGUCCCGAUACAAAUGGAUCUCAGUUUUUCAUCACUACAACCCGAACACCACACCUUGAUGGGAAACAUGUUGUUUUUGGAAGGGUUAUAAAAGGAAUGGGGGUGGUUCGCUCAAUGGAACAUGUUUCUGUUGGAGAAUCUGACCGUCCAAUUACUGAUAUUGUUAUUGUUGAUUGCGGAGAACUACCAGAAGGUGCCAGUGAUGGAGUUGUGAACUUUUUCAGUGAUGGUGACAUGUAUCCUGAUUGGCCAAAUGAUCUCGAAGAAAAACCUGCAGAAAUUUCUUGGUGGAUGACUGCUGUUGACUCUGCAAAAUCUUUUGGAAAUGAAUAUUUCAAGAAAAAAGAUUACAAGACAGCCCUCAAAAAGUACAGAAAAGCUAUGAGAUACUUAGAUCUUUGCUGGGAGAAAGAAGAGAUAGAUGAAGAGAAGAGCUCAGCACUACGGAAGACAAAGUCAAUUAUACUCACAAAUAGUUCUGCUUGCAAGCUGAAGUUGGGAGAUUUGAAAGGUGCUUUACUAGAUGCAGACUUUGCAUUGCGUGAAGGGGAGGGAAACCCAAAAGCUUUUUUCCGUCAAGGACAGGCACGCAUCGCACUCAAUGAUAUUGAUGCUGCAGUUGAGAGCUUCAAGCAUGCUCUGCAGUUGGAGCCAAACGAUGGAGGAAUUAAGCGGGAGCUGGCUGCUGCAAAAAAGAAGAUUGCUGACAGACGGGAUCAGGAGCGGAAAGCAUUUUCUAGGAUGUUCCAACCAUCAGGAGGUUCAGAGAAGAUCGAUGAAGAGAAUAACUGAUCGGCUUAAGUUCAACGUUUUGUAGUUCUCUUCAUGACACAUACUGGUGCUGCCUGGUGAAAAAAUAGAGUUCAGGUGAUGGAUGAGAGAGUUUUUGCAUAACAGAAGGUGAUGGAUGAGAGAGUUAUGCAGUUUUUGCAUAACAGAAGGUGAUGGAUGAGAGAGUUUUUGCAUAACAGAAACAACUCCCAUGGUUGAAAAUAGUUUUGGUCUUUUGGACACCAAGCCUUAUGUUUUGCAGUAUAGAGUUUGCCACAAUGCUAUCGUAGGAAAUGUCUGGCGGAUUGAAUUGUCAAACUCUUGGAAAGGCCUUUUGAAUGACCAAUCCUGUUAACGAAACAUUGUUGGCAAGUGUUCUCGCGUGUGGUUAGCUUAACUUUGCCU